UACUUUCUUGAAAUUUGACUUGCACCCUAUCACUUUCAUAUAUCUCAUCCGACUAAACCUUAUCAAGAAACCAAUCCAAAUUUUCUCAAAAUCUUGAAAAAAACAUAGCACUUUCUUGAAUUGUUGCAAAAAAAUGGCCACAAAAGAAAUGGAAGUAGUGAAGAAUUUGGAUGUUGAAAAAUACAUGGGGAGAUGGUAUGAAAUUGCUUGUUUCCCAUCAAGAAAUCAACCCAAAGAUGGAGUAAACACAAGGGCCACGUACACUUUGAAAGAAGAUGGCACAGUACAUGUGUUAAAUGAGACUUGGAGUGGUGGAAAACGAGGCUAUAUUGAAGGCACUGCUUAUAAAGUUGAUCCUAAAAGUGAUGAAGCAAAACUCAAAGUGAAAUUUUAUGUUCCUCCAUUCUUACCAAUAAUUCCAGUUACUGGUGAUUAUUGGGUUCUUUAUAUUGAUGAUGAUUAUCAAUGUGCUUUAGUUGGUCAGCCUAGUAAGAAGUAUCUUUGGAUAUUAUGUAGGCAAACACAUAUGGAUGAAGAGAUAUACAAUCAACUUGUUGAGAAGGCUAAAGAAGUAGGGUAUGAUGUGAGCAAACUCCACAAGACACCUCAAUCUGAUCAUCCACCACAGAGUGAAAAUGUCCCAAAUGACACCAAAGGAUUUUGGUGGAUCAAAUCUAUCUUUGGAAAAUAAUCAAUCACUAAAUAUGGUUACAAAAAAAACCUACAAUACGAAUAAUGAAAUGUUAGUGUUGUAAAAAAAGAUUGUUAUUUUAGAUUUCAAAUGUUUUAAGGUUGUUCUGAGGAGAGUCCUUCUGUUUUGGUACCUUGUAAAGUUGAUAGUAAUAGUGUGUUGUAAGAGUUUGUUGUCAAUUUUUUAUGUAUAUGAAAUAUUAAAUGUUUAUUUGUUUAA